AUGACCGAGAGCUGCCGGGCCACUCUGUACCGGUUGCAUCAGAUCUUCUUGUCCCUUGCUUCCGUUCCGCCGCGCAUUGGCCUCGGUGGCCCCGCCAACUCAGAAGCAACACGCUCCACGAGUGCGAGCCAUGCCAACGUCGUCCAUUCCGCUCCCUCGACCUCCGCAGGAGCAACGACCGAUAAUGUUCGCCCUAUUGAGACACUGCACGAGGACAUGAUCCACGAUGCCCAGCUUGACUACUACGGAAAGAGGCUGGCGACUUGCUCGUCGGACAGGACAGUGAAAGUCUUUGAUGUAGUUGAUGGUAGUGCUGCUGGUCAGGGAACCACGCUCAAGGGACACGAAGGUCCCGUCUGGCAAAUUGCUUGGGCUCACCCAAAAUUCGGUCCCAUUCUCGCAUCAUCUUCUUACGAUGGCAAAGUCUUCAUCUGGAAAGACUCGGGUAGUGCAGGAGCUGCCCAGCAGCAACAGGGCGGUUAUAAUAGCCAGCCAUACGGCGGAAGCAUGACUUCUUCGGGAGGAUGGACGAAGAUCAAGGAGCAUGCGAUGCACAGCGCUUCAGUGAACUCGAUUGCUUGGGCUCCUCAUGAGCUUGGCUCCGUCCUUGCGUGUGCUUCCUCUGACGGCAACGUCUCCGUAUUGACUUUCAAUGACGAUGGCAGCUGGAGUGUGGACAUGGUGGCCGCUCACCCUAUGGGCUGCAACGCUGUCAGCUGGGCUCCUGCUACCGUUCCCGGAUCCCUCGUCUCGGCUCAGACUCCUCAAAUAGGUGGGCCUGGCAAGGAGACCUCUCAGAGCUCAUCGAGCGUCAAGAGAUUUGCGAGCGCAGGUUGCGACAAUACCGUGAAGGUGUGGGAGUACAGUAACGAGCUCGGACGGUGGUCAGAGAUCGAGCAGCUCAACGGCCACACCGACUGGGUCAGGGACGUGGCCUUUGCGCCCAACAUCGGUCUGCCUCGCUCCUACUUGGCCACCUGCUCUCAAGAUCGGACCGUGCUGGUGUGGACACAGGACGGUCUCAAUUCGCCCUGGACAAAGACGGCCCUUAACCCUUCGGGAGCGGGAGGUGCGAGCGGAGGCAAGUUCCCAGAGACGGUGUGGAGGGUAAGCUGGAGCGUUAGCGGAAACGUGCUGGCAGUCAGCUGUGGUGAUGGCAAGGUGACGCUGUGGAAGGAGAAUCUCAAGGGAGCAUGGGAGUGCUGCUCGGAGUGA